AUGUCCGAUUCAAAUGAUGGGCAAAUCCACUUUGUCUUGUACCACUACACCCCGUCUAUCGUAGCUGCAAUCAUAUUCGUGGUGCUCUUCGGACUUGGUUUUGUCGGCCAUGUCUACUACGUCUUCAAGCUGCGUGCUCGCUACUUCAUUCCCUUCACCAUUGGAGUUCUCUUCGAGUGCAUAGGAUAUGUGGGUCGUGCUCUUUCGCACAGUGACAAAGAAGCUCUUGGUCCCUUUAUCAUGCAGAGUCUCCUGAUCCUGGUUGCUCCUGCUCUCUACGCCGCUUCGAUCUACAUGGUUCUUGGGCGCAUUAUCCGUCUUCUUGAUGCCGAAGAAUACUCUAUCGUUCGCACCAAAUGGCUUACCAAAGUCUUCGUCAUCGGCGAUGUUUUCUCUUUCCUCGUGCAGUCUUCAGGUGCUGGACUUCAGGCCAAAGGCGAUCUCGACGCUUUCAACCUUGGAAAGAACAUUGUCAUUGCUGGACUUAUCAUUCAAAUCGUCAUCUUUGGUUUCUUUGUUGUUGUGGCCGGCCUCUUCCACAUUCGAGUAAACAAGCUUCCAACUGGUGCUUCUGUAGAUUCAAACCUGCGCUGGCGUAAGCACAUGCACAACUUGUACUUCUGCAGCGCUAUCAUCCUCAUCCGCAAUUUGAUUCGUGUGAUCGAGUACGCUCAAGGAAACGACGGGUACAUCAUCACUCACGAGUGGAUGCUGUACAUCUUCGAUGCUGUUUUUAUGCUGUCAGUGACUGUCAGCUUCCUCGUCCUACAUCCGAGCAAGCUUCUUGGCAAUGGACGUAUCCCGAUCAGAAAUGAGUCUCAGCUCUAUGCCAUGGAGAGUGGCCGGUCUCAGUCGCCCCUACAGUCGUCGUCAACACCAUUCAGCAAGGUCGACAGAUCCUAG